AUGCCAUGUAACCAUGCGAUCGCCGUCAUGAAGGACUUGAACAUAAACACAUACAACUACUGUGCACAAUACUACACAUCAAAAGCAUGGCUGCAAACAUAUGAAGAAACAGUAUACCCAGUUGGAAACGUAAGAGAAUGGGAACUUCCAGAUUUUUUUGAAGAAAUCAUAGUGUUGCCUCCAAAGGAGAGAAUCAAGUCUGGAAGGCCGAGGAAAAGAAGAAUGGCAACAGCUUGGGAAACAAAGAAACAAAACAAGUGUGGCAAGUGUGGACAAAAGGGACAUAACAAAAAGACCUGCAGAAGAAUUACAGCAUAG